ACAGGAAGUGGGCUCGCCCUGGGUUUCAGUCUGUUGCUGGCCUAGCUGCUGUCUGCUACCCAAGGUGCGGAGCAGGAGAUGGCUGUGGACCCAGUCUCCAGUAGGACUGCAGGGACCAUAUCGCCACAACUCCAUGUCGCAGCCAGGGCCUACGUCCUCAGCUCUGCCUCUUGGAUGUGAUGGCUUCCAUAGCUGUGUCCUGGCGUCUGUCCUUCUACAUCUUCCUUCUGGCCUUGGCUAUACCUUGGGAAUCGGCGGCGAUGGCGGUGAAGGACUGCCCCCAUCUUAAGUGCUUCUACAACUCAAGAGCCAAUGUCUCCUGCGUGUGGAGUGAGGAAGAGGCCCGUGCUGCCCGUCAGGUCACGAACUGCAGCAUCCAUACAAAAUCAAACGUUCGGUCCUUGAACAAAACCUGUGAGUUUUAUCUUGUGAGACAGGCAUCUUGGGCCUGCGACCUGAUCCUUGGGUCCCCAAAUUUACAAUCACUGACCUCCGCAGACAUCCUCAACAUAAGCAUGGUGUGCUGGGAGGGGAAGGGCUGGCACAUGGUGGAGACCUGCAACUUCCGUCCCUUUGAUAACCUUCGCCUGGUGGCCCCUCAUUCCCUCCAAGUCAUGCACCUUGAAACCCGGAGAUGCAACAUAAGCUGGGAGGUCUCCCAGGUCUCUCACUACAUUGAACAAACGUUGGAAUUUGAGGCCCGCACACGUUCUCUGGGCCAUAGCUGGGAGGAUGUGCCCCUGCUAAGCCUCAAGCAGCGGCAGCAGUGGAUUUUCCUGGAGACGCUUACCCCUGACACGUCAUAUGAGCUCCAGGUGAGGGUCAGGGCCCAACGAGGUGACACCAGGACCUGGAGCCCCUGGAGCCAGCCCCUGGCCUUUCGGACAAGGCCGGCAGAUCCCAGGAAUGUGACUCUUCCCAUACUGUGGCUCAGACACCUUCUCCUGAGCCUUGGUUGUAGUUUUGGCUUCUUGGUCUGCGUCUACGUUUUGGUCAAGUGCCCGUACCUUGGGCCAUGGCUGAAGACAGUUCUCAAGUGCCACAUCCCAGACCCCUCUGAGUUCUUCUCCCAGCUGAGCUCCCAGCAUGGAGGAGACCUUCAGAAAUGGCUCUCCUCACCCGUGCCCUCAUCCUCCUUCGGCCCCGCUGGCCCUGCAGCCGAGAUCUCCCCUCUGGAGGUACUUGACCGAGACACCAAGGCCAUGCAGUUGCUCGCGCUACAGCAGGACAAGGCCUGCUCCCCCUCACCCAGCGGCCACUCACAGGGCAGCUGCUUUACCAACCAGGGCUACUUCUUCUUCCAUCUGCCCGACGCCUUGGAGAUCGAGUCCUGCCAGGUGUACUUUACCUAUGACCCCUGCACGGAGGAAGACGUGGAGGAAGAUGGGCCAAGGCUCCCCCAGGGCUCUCCCCUCCCACCUCUGCUGCCUCUGGCUGGAGAAGAGGGGGACUACUGUGCUUUCCCACCCAGAGAUGACCUGAUGCACUUCUCCCCGACUUUGAGCUCCCCCAACACUGCCUAUGGCGGCAGCCUAGUGCCUGAAGAAAGGCCUCCACUCUCCUUACAGGAGGGACUUCCCUCCGUAGCACCCCCUGACACGAUGGGCUUGCAGUGCCCUCUGGAGCUGGUGCUGGAAGGUGAUGGAGAGGUGUUGUUGGCCCAUAGCUCUGGGGAGCAGGCCAGUGUCCCUGAAGGCAGCCUUCAUGAGCAAGGUCAGAACAGAGGCCAGGGCCCUGCCCUGACUCUGAACACUGAUGCCUAUCUGUCUCUUCAAGAACUGCAAGCCCAGGAUCCGGGCCACCUGGUAUAGAUAGGUGGCCAGAUUUGGGAUCCAGAUGCCUGGGGCAGGUCAGGCUUGAGGUGGAGUGGUGAGGGUUCUCUUGAGGAUUGUCCACUGUUGAGGACUGUCCUCGGUUAACCCCACCCCCAAACUUAGUCAUCCACUUCUGAGCCUCCACUUGCUGCUUCCUGGUCCAGCCAGGAUCUGGGGUGGGGAGGGGUGGGGUGGCCAGCUCCACCUUUCUAUUUAGUCAUAAGGUCACUAGCUUCCUGUGCCUGCCUCACUCCCGCCUGCUCACCUUCACAGGGCAGCCAGAACUUGCUUGCCCAAGUACAAAUGUGACCCCACUCCACUUCUAUCCUUGA